AUGAGCACCAUUAAUGUCUAUUAUUCCAGCGUAUCAGGGUCUAGGGAGGUGAAGCAGAGACAGGAGGAAGUUAUCAGAAUUUUAGAUGCUUACAAAAUAAAUUAUGAGUUAAUAGAUAUUUCUAUCAGCUUGAAAAAACUUCAACAAAUGAGGAUGAAGGUUUCCAGCCCAAAAGCUCUACCGCCUCAGAUAUUCAAUGGCCAAGAAUAUUGUGGAGAUUUUGAAAUGUUUAACAAGGCAAAGGAGAACAAAGAGAUUCUGAAAUUCCUGAAGUUGGAAUGA